AUGCCUCAAGCACAACCAGAGCUCAAGAAGUACCUCGACAAGCGUCUCUUCGUCCAGCUCAAUGGCAGCCGCAAGGUCAUCGGCGUGCUGCGUGGUUACGAUGUCUUCUUGAACAUCGUGCUGGACGAAGCGGUAGAGGAGAAAGCAGGCGGGGAGAAAGUCAAAAUUGGUAUGGUCGUCAUACGUGGAAAUUCGGUGGUUAUGCUUGAGGUAUGGGACCCCUCGUCGCAGAGUCCAUGGCUCGUCAUUUAUGUACCCACCGCGACGGCGUACUGA